AUGCCUUCGGGAAAACGUAGACUCAGACGGGUCACUGGAAAGCAGCGAGACAAGAACUUUGCGGAGAAGAAAGCAGAGCCGAAGGAUGAGAAGUGUGAAGCCCCAGAUGAGCAGCAAAAGCAAGCAGAUGAUGCAAGCAGCCACCCCAGCUCCUCGGCAAGCAGCAGCAGCAGCAGCAGUAGCAGCACCACGACAAGCCCGGAAGACAAUGAGCCCGACAAUCAGAGCGCCGACAAAGAGCCCAACGAGCCCCCGCCACAAGUGCACGCAAACAGCAGCAGCAGCUCAAUUCCAGAGCAUGGUGAAGCAGCGGCCGCCAUGGUGGCGAACGAUUGGUUCCUGAGCACGCUGGAUGGGAUGAUGGGACUGGUGGCUCCGCCAGAACAUAUCGAGGUCCCUGUAGUGCCCAUAGCACCAUAUCCUCAUGCUGUCUUGAAGACUGGAGAUGUUGUGCGAUAUGUUUCCGACAACUACUGGAAGCUUCGAGUGCCGAAGCACCUGGCUGAGCUGCCUCGGAUGAAAGGGGUCAUCCAAGACAUUAUGGCUCAGCCUGCUUUAAAGCUUGACCUGUUGCCUUCUCAAACGCUGGCGAGCAAAAUCCUGGAACGUGCUCAUUUCGUGAUCCGUGGACUCCCCGGAUUGUGGGUUGCCUUGCAUCUGGAGAAGCCGCCGGCUUUUUGGAAGCCGCCCUUAUUGACCGUUGGCUACCUUUCGCCGACUCCUGGUCCAAGUCGACGCCGAGAGACGCAGCUGCUGGAGGAGGAAGCCGACGCCCCAGAGCAGUCGUCCUGGAACAAGCGAAAAGCCGCCCAAGAAGCCGAGCCCCAAGACAACAAGAAGAUCAAGAACAAACCCGCCCUGGAGAAGAAGGGCGCUUUUUGUGCCGAGAACGACGAGAAGGCCCCCGACAAGCAGUCCAAAGAGAAGGCCCCCAACGACGAGAAGGCCCCGGAUAAGCAGUCCAACGAGAAGGCCCCCAAGAAAUCCGAGAAGGCCCCCACGAAGCAGAAGGUCCCCAAGAAGCAGUCCGACGAGAAGGCCCCCAAGAAGCAGUCCAAGGGAAAGGCAGCCACCGAGAAGCAGCCCCAGAAAGCCCCCAAAGCCACGAAGAAGCAUCCCCCACAAAGCCCCGAAAAGCCAUCUCAGGAAGUUCCCGGCAAGCAGUCCGACGAGAAGGCCCCCGAGAAGGAGUCCAACGAGAAGGCCCCCCAGAAGGAGUCCAACGAGAAGGCCCCCCAGAAGCAGUCCAAGGACCCCAAGAAUAAGCAGUCCGACGACAAAGCCACUGUGAAGCCCGAGCAAGUGAAGCGAGUGCCUGGCGAUAUCUGGUGGGACUACGAGAUGCAAC